UGACUGGGGCAUCUUUGCUUCACAGUAUGUUCAGGCAGAUGCUCCGACCAAUAAAACGCUGGCUGGGCUGGUGGCGCAGUUGCUGCAGUUUCAGGAAGAUGCCUUUGGGAAGCACGUUGCCAACCCUGCCUUCACCAAAUUUCCUGCAAAGUGCUUCAUGGAUUUCAAAGCUGGAGGAACAUUAUGUUACAUUCUUGGUGCUGCUUACAAGUAUAAGAACGAACAAGGAUGGCGGAGAUUUGAUUUGCAGAACCCUUCCCGGAUGGAUCGAAAUGUAGAAAUGUUUAUGAACAUUGAAAAAACUUUAGUGCAGAAUAACUGUCUGAGCAGACCAACCAUCUACCUCAUUCCAGAUAUUGAGCUGAAAUUAGCUAAUAAGCUAAAGGACAUUGUCAAACGUCAUCAGGGUACUGUCACGGACGACAGGUCGAAAGCCACCCAUCAUAUAUAUCCUGUUCCUACCUCACUGGAUGAAGAGGAGUGGCUGAGACCAGUGAUGAAAAAAGACAAGCAAGUCCUUGUGCAUUGGGGUUAUUAUCCAGACAGCUACGACACGUGGGUUCACGCUACUGAAAUAGAAGCGGAAAUUGAAGACCCUCCAAUUCCCGAAAAGCCAUGGAAGGUCCAUGCCAGAUGGAUCCUGGACAUGGAUGUGUUCAACGAAUGGAUGAACGAAGAAGAUUAUGAGGUGGAUGAGACCAAGAAGCCAGUCAGCUUUCGCCAGCGGAUCUACCUGAGAAAUGAAGAACCGGUCCGCAGCCCCGAGCGGCGAGAUAGGAAGGCAGCUGCCAGCGCCCGGAAGAGAAAGGCCUCUCCUUCGCCCCCACCUCCUCCCACCCCUGUGGAAUCGAGGAAAAAAGUGGGGAAAAAAGGACAAACAAGCCUCUAUGGGAAAAGGCGGGGGCAAAAGGAAGAGGAUGACCAGGACGAUCUUACCAAGGACAUGGAGGAUCCAACCCCAGUGCCCAACAUCGAAGAGGUGGCACUUCCUAAAAACGUCAAUCCAAAGAAAGACAGUGAAAACACUCCAGUGAAAGGAGGAACAGUAGCAGACCUUGAUGAGCAGGAUGAGGAGACAAUGACGACAGGAGGAAAGGAAGAUGAAGAUCCCAACAAAGGUGACCAGGGCCGUUCCCUUGAUACAGGAGAAGACAAUGUCACAGAACAGACUAAUCACAUUAUUAUCCCCAGCUAUGCAUCCUGGUUCGACUACAAUUGCAUUCAUGUAAUUGAACGCCGUGCUCUUCCAGAAUUCUUCAACGGGAAAAACAAAUCUAAGACCCCAGAAAUAUACUUAGCUUACCGUAAUUUCAUGAUCGACACCUAUCGCUUGAACCCUCAAGAGUACCUGACUAGCACUGCCUGUCGAAGAAACCUGACCGGGGAUGUUUGUGCUGUGAUGAGGGUACACGCUUUUCUGGAGCAGUGGGGGCUUAUUAAUUACCAAGUGGAUCCAGAGAGCCGGCCCAUGGCCAUGGGGCCUCCUCCCACCCCACACUUUAACGUGCUUGCUGACACCCCCUCUGGACUCAUGCCGCUCCACCUGCGGACUCCUCAGAUUCCAGCUGCCCAGCAGAUGCUGAACUUUCCUGAAAAAAACAAGGAGAAACCUACAGAUCUGCAGAAUUUUGGGCUUCGCACAGACAUCUACUCAAAGAAAACAUUAGCAAAGAGCAAAAGUGCUAGUGCUGGGCGAGAGUGGACCGAACAAGAGACUCUGCUUCUGCUGGAGGCUUUGGAGAUGUACAAGGAUGACUGGAAUAAAGUCUCUGAGCACGUAGGGAGCCGCACCCAGGACGAGUGCAUACUCCAUUUCCUGAGACUUCCCAUUGAAGAUCCCUACUUGGAGAACUCAGAUGCUUCCCUGGGCCCUUUGGCUUAUCAGCCAGUCCCUUUCAGCCAGUCUGGAAAUCCAGUGAUGAGCACUGUGGCAUUCCUGGCAUCAGUCGUGGAUCCCCGGGUGGCUUCAGCAGCAGCCAAAGCAGCUUUAGAGGAAUUCUCCCGAGUCCGAGAGGAAGUCCCUCUGGAGCUGGUUGAGGCUCACAUCAAGAAAGUGCAAGAGGCGGCGCGGGUCUCUGGGAAAGUGGACCCCACCUACGGGCUGGAGAGCAGCUGCAUCGCCGGAACAGCCCCUGACGAGCCGGAGAAGCUAGAUGGAGCUGAAGAAGAAAAGAUGGAGACCGACGCAGAUGGAACACAAGCAGAGAAAGUUAAGGUAGAAAGCAAAGGAGAGAAUGAAAUAGAUGGAAACAAGCUACAGGAAGGAGAAGAGGAGAGAAUUGCAGAAAAAGAGCAAGAUGGUGAUGUCCCUCAGGAUCCCAAACAUGAUGAGAAGGAGGCAGAAGAGAACAAGGAGAACCUUGAUGUUUGCAAAGACAAGGAAGGCAGCGCUGGAAAGAGGAGAGCAGAGCACGAGAUCUCGGAAGGGAACGUUGCGACGGCCGCAGCUGCUGCUCUUGCGUCGGCUGCCACCAAAGCCAAGCAUCUGGCGGCAGUUGAGGAAAGGAAGAUCAAGUCUUUGGUAGCUCUCCUCGUGGAAACUCAAAUGAAGAAACUGGAGAUCAAGCUUCGUCAUUUUGAAGAGCUGGAAACAAUCAUGGAUAGAGAGAAAGAGGCGCUGGAGCAGCAAAGGCAACAGCUGCUGACAGAGCGUCAGAACUUCCACAUGGAGCAGCUAAAGUAUGCCGAAUUACGAGCCCGCCAGCAGCUGGAACAGCAGCAGCAGCAGCAACAGAGCCAGAAUGCACAGCAGUCGCACCAGCACCCCAGUGGCCCGGGUAUGAACCCUCUUGGGACAGCCAAUCACCCAGGCUUGACAUCUCACCAGCAACCUCCCCCGUAUCCCAUGAUGCAUCACCAGAUGCCCCCGCCUCACCCCCCUCAACCAGGUCCAAUCCUAGGGCAGGGCUCCAUGAUGCCUGGACAGGCCCUGGCAGGCCGGAUAAUGCCAGCUGGAACCACCAAUGCCCAGUCAACCGGGAGCAUCCCUCCAUCCGGGGCGGCGCCAAUGGCAGGAAACAUCGUGGGGCCCCGGGGGCAGCUGGCGUCUCCCAACGGCUUGUAUCCGCCACCACCUCAGCAGCCGCCACCUCCGGCCGAUGGGGCAACGCCACCUCCAGCGGGAGCUCUGCCAGCCUCCACAGCUCCCUGAAGUGUUCGUCAGCCAGGAGCUUCUCAAGCUGUGACCGUAGCAACCAAAACCACCAUUCCUCCAUGUUCUGCUCCUCGCUUUCCCGGCUUCCCUUCCCCUCUGCGCAUAGCCUGACCUGCAGCUCCUGUAGUUUUGGGGUGGGUGCGGCGGCAACCCUUUGGGUCCUGCUUCCCUGCCGGGGACUGGCCCAGAGCUAACCCUGCUUCCUCCUGGCCACCAAGGGCUUUCAGCUUCACCAAAAGAGUUGGACAUAAAUGGGGAUCUGCUGCAGUUUGGGGGCUGGGUCAGUGGGUCAGACCAAGCACUAAGAUGGCCCAGCUCAGUCUCGUGAACCAGAGGGCGGGGAGGGAGGGAGGAGG